CCACAGACCGCAUCUCUGCGGCUCUCCCUUAUCAUCACUCCUGCCUGCCUGCCUGCAUCGAAAUACACGGGGACAUGACCUCACUCCCUCCUGUGUAGUACACGUCGGACACUCGAUAGCAGGUAGUCCACAUCAAGAUUUGCCAGCCCCAGUCGACCCAGCUGCUCCCUUUUCAUCGCCACCCGAGUUGCAUGCCGUGGACACAAUAAAACGCCUUGACGGUAAGUGUGGGGCGGCAAGAAGACUUCAUCCACAUAAGAGGCAGAGGGCACUUGCGCCACACGAAUGUCCCACGGUAAGAAAUAGGGAUAUUGCUCGGUGGCCUCUACUGUUUUUCUCGUGUCUGUUGUUCUCGUGUCUCCUUCUCUUUGUCGGCUAUAUGUCUCCAUUCCCUCCACUCUUUGCAGCCACUCCGCCUCCCUGACCUCCAUACUCCUGCCCUCCUCUGUCGCUGUCCUUGCCCAGCCCCGCCACCCAUCACCCCCCAGCAUCAGUACGCGAUGGUCGCUCUCAUCGAGGCUGUCCUGCCUGUUCACCGCGCCAGCAGAGGCAGAGGCCAUCAGCUCAUCAGCUUCCUGGAGCGCCGGGAUGGCCUCAGAUGCGAUCGACGGCUGAGGUGAUGGACGGCCGAAUCGGGGCAGAGAUGAACUGUCGUGUGAGGUGAAGCUCUGCUCGGGGUGCGGUCUCGCAGCUGUCCUGCUGGCUGGUGGCUGGGUGGGGGGUGAAGAAGGCGUCGACGAUGCGAGCUGCUCGCAUUUGUUCGCGUGGUACAUGUACCGAGACAUGAUCUUGUUUCUGAGAGUGCACAAUCGAUGAAUGGCCUGACACACACAUACGCAGGAGGGGGAGUCAAAUUCGCCGUUCGUCGAAAUGCCAUCGUCUGCUGACGGACCUCUUUGAGUGCAUGCAGUCUGUCCCGUUCCCUCGCGCUGCUGCGAUAGAGGUCCGCUUCAGCCUCCCUCUCAAGCCUUGCGAUCCGUUCCUUGAGUCCAAGAAGCUGCCGCCUCAUCGCAGGGCUAUCCCGGUGGGUCUCAGGGGUGAGAGGGUGCGGCAGUGUAUCGAUGUCGAUGAGCUGCUUGGUGUAGACCAUCAGAGGGUGGGCGUAUGGGGGGCUGAGGGGGUCCCGCGACAGCUUGCGGAGGCCGCUGACAUAGGAGGUAUUGGCCUGACAUCAGUGAGCGACACCGAAGGUGCAUGUUUGUGCCUAUGUCGUGCCUCUAGCCUCUUGUCACCUGCAUGAGCCUGUCGAAGAGGUGAUGGCAUUUGUUCUUGUGGACUUCCCACUCCUCAGCCAGCCGCCUUCUCUCGGCCAGAUCCCCAUCGUCGGCCCUGGCAUCGGAAGGGACAUCUGCCGCGGUCUGGGUCUCCACACUUUGAGUCACAUUCGGUACAUCGACGUGCUCAACUCUGUCAGCAGACAGACCACCAAGGCAUGCAUAAUGUCCUGGUAUUGUGAGAUCUUUGUUCAUACCGUUGAUGCUCACAAAACGAGGGGCCUCUGGACAUGGGUGAUGACACGGUGAUAGUGGCGGCGUCGCAGCACACUGGGGGAGGGGGGCUGUUGACGGCCGUGUGGAUCAACACGGGGGACGGGGGCUGGUCGGUUGCAGCGUCGACGCAUACAGAGGGGCUAAAAGGGAACCAAAAAGAGAGAUAACGACAUGAGGAGUCUCUACUCAACAAUCGCAUGCGGUGUCUCGGCCCACCUGCCAGCGCUUUGGAACUGUGUGGUGGGUGACUCGCUCGGACGAGCGGUCAGCUGCCAUGUGCUGUCGUCAUGAGUGACAUCCGCCAGCUGUGCCACGCGAUUGGACGUGGGACUGCCGGUCGAAAAUGUCAGCGAUGAUCGCGUGCCUAGGGCACGAUCGAUUUUGAGAAACUCCAACUCUUGCUCGAGACGAGCCAGCUUCGCCUUCGCAGCCGUCAGCGCUUCACGCUUCUCCUGAUUCGUAGAUACAGGAGGGAGACAGAGAAAAAGAUAUAUAUGCGUUCUUCGUGGAUCGAUGUCCGCUUACAUCCAUGAGAUGUCGCAUUUCCUCAACAUCGCCUUCUAGCUUCUGGUUGGCCUCCUUCAGCAGUACAUUCUCCCUCAAUAUCCCACUGUCGCCUUCGUGAGAAAGCGAGGCGCUCUUCUGCCGCUGAAGCAUGUCUCUUGGGGGCUGCGGCGCCGAAUUCCUCCGGUAUGCGGCCCGCCUCUCGCCGAUGGAGAUGGACUGUCGGUCAAGCAUAGUCAGGGAGGGUACCAGCUGUAUCACCCUGGGCCUGAAAAACACUACAGUGGGGCCUGGAUGUUCGUCUCGGUUGUGCGUUGUGCGCACCUGUAGUUAUCCCUGGCCACCACGGGGUUGAGAGUGAAGUCCAGCUCCCUCAGUCUCGGCGAUCUCCCCAAAUGCCGUACUCCGCCACCACUGAGGUCGCUGAUUUUAUUGUAGCUCAUGUCCAAAUGCCUCAAUUGCUCCAGUGAGACAAUCGAUUCCGGGAUCGCCUCAAUCAUAUUCCUCGAUACAUCCAGUGUCUCCACUUUUGUCAGCGAGCAAUCGAGCCACUCCAGCGACUUGAGGUUGCAGCGCCGUAGUUUGACCGUCGUGAGCGUCGACGAGAGCAGCUGCAACCCAGCGGCCAGCAGCCCCUCAUCGAGAACCACAGCAUUCUGAAACUCUAUCUUCUGCAGAGAGGAGAGCCGCGAUAGCGUCGGCGGGGACGACAGCAGGGUAACCAGCUCCACGUCCUUAUCCGUCAGAGCGCGGAUGUCCUCAAGUGAGCCGCCGCAUGCGUCUUCUAGCGCCUCCUCAACGGUGGAGCCGGUAUGCCGAGCCGAAGCGGGCGGAACCAUUUGGCUUUUGGCACACGGGGGGGCUGUUCUUGGUUUUUUC